ACAGUUGUUUAUUUAAAAGAUUAAUUAAAUAUAAUGGGUGCAAUGGCAACUCAAACAAGAUAUAUAAAAAAUUCAACAUUAUCUUCUUCUUCAUGUUGUUCAACAUCUUCCAUUUGUUGUCAUUUAUCAGAUAAUCAUAAUAAGGAUAAACAUUCUCCUCCUUUUCAUGUUUUUUUCUCCAAAAAGAAGAAGUCAUUUUUGAGUGGAGAAUUACACAUAAAGCAAUUUCUUAGAUUAGAUGCAAGGAGAUUAAGAAACCAUGCAGCAGCUGGUGUUGUGAUUUCACCAAGAUGUGUACUUCCAUUAACCGAAGAGAAUGUGGAAAAAGUAUUGGAUGAGGUCCGACCUGGACUUAUGGCUGAUGGUGGCAACGUUGCCUUACACGAGAUAGAUGGCCUUGUCGUCGUAUUGAAACUUCAAGGAGCUUGUGGGUCAUGUCCAAGUUCGACAAUGACACUAAAAAUGGGAAUUGAGACUCGGCUUAGAGACAAAAUUCCUGAAAUUAUGGAUGUUGAGCAAAUUCUUGACACAGAAACUGGUCUCGAAUUGAAUGAGGAAAAUGUUGAAAAGCUUCUUGCAGAGAUUAGGCCAUACUUGGUUGGCACUGGUGGCGGGAUUCUUGAGUUUGUUGAAAUCAAAGACUACAAUGUCAAAGUCCGCCUCGCUGGCCCUGCAGCUGGCGUAAUGACAGUUCGUGUUGCGUUGACACAAAAACUAAGAGAAAAGAUACCUGUUAUUACAGCCGUUCAGUUAAUAGAAUGACAAAAACCAUGUGAGAAUGUAUAUUUUUUGUUGUUAAUUUGACAAAAGAGUACUCAAAUAUAAUACCUAAAUUUUCAAGGUAGUUAUUUUGUUGUCUC